CGUCUCCAGCCGCCUCUCCUCACUUCACUGGAGAAGGGGCUGCGGCCGCGCGGGCGCCAGUACAGAGUGAAUGAGCCGCAGCCGCCUCGGCGGCCGGAGUCAGCGGGAGCGGCCCGAGAGCCGCGCGCCGGGUGGCGGCGAGGGGCGGCGGUCCGCCUCGUCCCUCCCAGCCGCCCCUUUCUCUCUCUUCUUCCAGCCGGUCCCCGAGCCCGGCCGGCCCGGUUCCUCUGCCCCCGUCCCGCCCUCUCCCUCCUCCUCCUCCUCCGAGUCCCGGUCCUUACCUCGGGCGCUCCGACCUGCCAUGGGUUAGGGUGCGGGCCGCGAGCCGCGCGGAGCACCAGCCCUGCGCUUCCGCCGAGGGGCGCGGAGCCCGAACGCCCUCGCCGCUCGCGGGCGCCGGGCAUGGGGAGCGCGGUGUGAGCCGCACCGGAGAGGGCGCCGAGCAGGAGGUGGAGAGCGGUGGAGUGGAAGGACCCGAGGGAGCAAGAGGGGGCGCGGAGACAGGCUGGGGAAGCGAGGGAAAAGUGACGCUGGGAGGACGAGGCUGCGGAAGGUGGGGAUUGAUGCUUCUGUUUUUUGUUCCCGCUGCUGCCCUCGCGCUGGGAGUCGAGCCGGAGGGAAGGCGGUGGAGAGAUGAUUGCAGAGUUGGUGAGCAGCGCUCUGGGGCUCGCCUUGUAUCUCAACACCCUGAGUGCGGAUUUCUGCUAUGAUGACAGCCGUGCUAUCAAGACUAAUCAGGACCUUCUUCCAGAAACUCCAUGGACACACAUUUUCUACAAUGAUUUUUGGGGGACUCUUCUAACCCACAGUGGCAGCCACAAGUCCUACCGGCCACUCUGCACUCUGUCCUUCCGCCUGAACCAUGCCGUCGGCGGGCUGAAUCCCUGGAGCUACCACCUCGUCAACGUUCUGCUGCACGCGGCCGUCACUGGCCUCUUCACGAGCUUCUCCAAGAUACUGCUUGGGGACGGAUGCUGGACCUUCGUGGCCGGCUUGCUGUUCGCCUCUCACCCCAUUCACACGGAGGCAGUGGCAGGGAUCGUGGGACGGGCCGAUGUCGGGGCCAGUCUCUUCUUUCUCCUGUCCUUGCUCUGCUACGUUAAACACUGCUCCACGAGAGGCUGCUCCGCCAGCACUUGGGGCUGGUUCCUGGGGACGGGACUGUGCGCAGGAUGCAGUAUGUUGUGGAAGGAACAAGGAGUGACUGUUCUCGCAGUUUCAGCCGUUUAUGAUGUCUUUGUCUUUCACAGGCUGAAAAUGAAACAGAUCUUACCUACCAUUUACAAAAGGAAGAACUUGCCUCUUGUCCUCAGCAUUAGUUUGUUGACUUUCUGGGGGACCUCCCUUUUGGGUGCCCGUUUAUACUGGAUGGGAAACAAACCACCAAGCUUUUCCAACUCUGAUAACCCAGCCGCCGACUCAGACAGCCUGCUGGCUCGCACACUCACCUUCUUCUACCUGCCGACCAAGAACCUGUGGCUGUUGCUCUGCCCAGAUACUCUCAGUUUUGAUUGGUCAAUGGAUGCCGUGCCUCUGCUGAAAACCAUCUGUGACUGCAGAAACCUACACACUGUGGCCUUCUAUAGCGGACUCGGGUUCCUUGCCUACUGUGGUUUGAAGAGCUCAAGCCUAGAGAAGGAAAGCAAUGGGAAAUUUUUAACAAACGGCAAGCAGAAUGCAAAUGGACAUAGCUGCCAUUCUGAUGUGGAGUACCGGAACUCAGAGAUUAAGCCCAACUUUGCAUCCAAAGCGGAAAAUGGCAUUAAAAAUAAUGCAUCACAGAGAACACAGCUUCCUUCUACCGAGAACCUUGUUGUUCUGUCUUUAUCUUUGUUAAUAAUACCGUUUGUUCCUGCCACGAACCUGUUUUUCUAUGUCGGCUUUGUAAUUGCAGAGCGAGUAUUGUAUAUUCCUAGUAUGGGCUUCUGCCUUCUCGUUACAGUGGGGGCCAGGGCCCUUUAUGUCAAAGUCCAAAAGCGGUUUCUCAAGAGCUUGAUUUUUUAUGCGACAGCUACGUUAAUUGUUUUCUACGGACUCAAGACUGCGAUCAGGAAUGGAGACUGGCAGAAUGAGGAAAUGCUGUAUAGGUCAGGGAUAAAAGUGAACCCAGCUAAAGCAUGGGGUAACCUUGGAAAUGUUCUGAAGAGUCAGAGCAAAAUUUCUGAAGCCGAAGGCGCCUAUAGAAAUGCUUUGUAUUACCGGAGCAACAUGGCUGACAUGCUUUAUAAUUUAGGGUUACUUCUACAGGAGAACAGCAGGUUUGCAGAAGCGCUACAUUAUUACAAACUGGCUAUUGGGAGCAGGCCUACACUGGCUUCUGCAUAUUUAAACACCGGUAUUAUUCUAAUGAACCAAGGAAAGACAGAGGAAGCGCGACGUGCCUUCCUCAAGUGUUCUGAGAUCCCUGAUGAAAAUCUGAAGGAUCCUCAUGCGCAUAAGAGCUCGGUUACCAGCUGUCUGUACAACCUGGGGAAGCUCUAUCAUGAGCAGGGACACUAUGAGGAUGCCCUUAGUGUAUACAAGGAAGCGAUUCAGAAAAUGCCAAGGCAGUUUGCCCCCCAGAGCUUGUACAACAUGAUGGGUGAAGCGUACAUGCGAUUAAGCAAACUCCCUGAAGCGGAGCAUUGGUAUAUGGAAUCACUCAGAGCCAAGACCGAUCACAUCCCUGCUCAUCUUACCUACGGGAAACUGCUCGCUCUGACUGGUCGUAAGAGUGAGGCUGAAAAGUUCUUCUUGAAGGCUAUUGAGCUGGAUCCCACCAAAGGAAACUGUUACAUGCACUAUGGUCAGUUUCUUCUGGAAGAAGCUCGCCUCACAGAAGCAGCUGAAAUGGCCAGAAAAGCAGCUGAACUGGACCCCACGGAGUUUGAUGUGGUCUUCAAUGCUGCCCACAUGCUUCGACAGGCUAGCCUCAAUGAAGCAGCCGAAAAAUAUUAUGAUCUGGCGGCCAGGCUGAGGCCUAAUUAUCCAGCCGCGCUGAUGAACCUGGGGGCCAUUCUGCACCUCAACGGCCGCCUGCAGAAGGCCGAGGCCAACUACCUGCGGGCGCUGCGGCUCAAGCCCGAUGACGUCAUCACGCAGUCCAACCUCCGCAAACUGUGGAAUAUCAUGGAGAAGCAAGGCUUAAAGACUUCCAAGACCUGACCCGGGAGGCCGGUACCCCAUCCUCCUCCGCAGUGUAAAGCUUGGCUGCAUAAUGACCAGAACGUGCCAGCAGUGCUAUGACAAGAGCUAAUUUGGACUUCAGCACUGGGGCAGGGGCCCCCGAGGUCGCUUACCACUCUGGGAGAAUCCACUCUACUGUUGGCACAGCCAUUAACACCAAAAAGGGGCACAUUGGAAACCCCCUGAAGGAUAUAGUUGUUACCCAUAGAACUGUAAACCAGAGCACUUAAAACAGGAUCUUUGGGCUUUCUUAGUGGGGAGGGGAGCCUGACUUAAAAUUCUGUUCUCUUUUUGAAAGCAUUUUAGAAAUUAUAUUAUUCCUUAAACACUGUGAGAGGAAGUCAGAGUGUCUAUUCAGCCCCGUAAACUAUUAGGGACAAGUGUUAAUAUGAGUGAGUAAAGUGUAGUGUGAAUCCCAGUGAGCUGGCUGGUUGUCCUGACGCUGCUGUCUCCCUCUUUGGGACAGCCUGCUUAUCAGUUUCUGCAACUUAGAAAACUUUUUUUUUUUAAUACCAUGUCAGGAUCUGUCAGAAUCUACAGUCAUUUCCUGACUCAUACACUUGAUGUUUUAUCAUUUGGAUGUCAGUCUUCACUCCCUUUGGACAUUUGCGUUUCGUAUUCUGAAAAGGACAUACAGAGCAGAGCUGACGCGGUUCAUGCUGACGUAGGAGGAGUAAGGGUGACCUCAUGCAUGUCAGGCAGGCAGUUUUAGUUUUAAUGUCACCAACAUUUUCCCCCAAACUGCCUAGGAGAAGUCUUUGUAUUAAUUCUUCAGCUUUUGAAAUUGCCUUGAAAUGGUUAAUGCACAUGCUCCUGUAAGGAUGAAAUCAAAACAGAAGCUUGAAAGGGUUCCAGUCCCAAUAAGUAACCAGCAGCUAUUAGACAACAGGGAAGGUUGUGCUUCCCAGAUGUUACUGGUUAAAUUAAGUCUGAGUAAAGGAGUGUAUAAUGAUGGUUGCUAAUGAUUUUAUAUUUUGGAAAGCAUUGGUAGGAAAUGCUAAUCACUUUCUAAUAGGUUCCUAAACAGCAAUGCUGAUAAGUUUUUAAGGCAUUGUUUUUAUCAUAUUUUGUUCUUCCCUAAAAGACAUAAAAAAUAGCUUAUUUUAAACUGCAGUAAAGUGUAGCAUUAGCCUGCAUGUUUCUAGCAAGUGCCUGCUAGGUCGUCUAGCAAGUGCUUUUCACAAAUUAAAAACUUUCUCGCUGGCAAAUUAGGUAUUUUAUUUCAUUACCUGUUAGUUACCAUUUCAGUAAUCAUUUCUCAAGUAAAAGAAUAUAUAUCAAUGUAGUAGAGAAAAACACUUAUUGAACAUUGUUUAAUUUGCAGUUGAACUUUGCUACUAAAAAUUAACUCUGUGAAACAAUAGUCCACUUUCAACUUCUUCAUAAAGAAAGUAGCUAUACAACACCCUACGUAUUUAUUUAUUUAUUAUUCUACCAUAGCAAAGUAACAAAACUUGAUUCAUUAAGCCAGUUCUUUGCAAAGAAAAUUUAGCUUUUUCUCCUUUCCUUUCACACUCCAUGUAUAUAUGGUUAGCUUCCCCAUUAAUGGGAAGCUGGACAUGCAAACACAUCAUAUUAUGUUUUCUCCAUAUUUAAUGUUUUGCUGCAUAUCUGAAUAAAGUGGGAUAAAGAAUUCAAAGUAUUGUUCCUAGGACAUUAGUGUUUUUGUGAGAAGGGCAAAUAUAAUGAGAGAGAUUUGUUGAUGGCAUUAAUAAGAAGGCCCUCCUAAUAUGUGCAUUAUUUAGUGAACAUUUCACCAAAGGGCCAAAAGUCAAAUUAUAACUAAAUCACUGUGUCUUCAGAAUGGUAUUUAACAUUUCAGAACAACAAACCCAUGGGCAAACCAAAAGCACGGGUUGAAAUGUAUUUCUUACCUUCUAGUACAUUGGCAAUUGCAAAAAAGUAAAUAAGUAAAUGAAUAAAUAAAUAAGGGAUUUAAUAUAAGGAUAUAGAGAUGAAUUCAGUGUCUAACAUUUCUAUUUAUUUAAAUAGUUAUUGACCUAUGACGAUUUGCUUGUCUUUAACAUUUUAUGUCUUUAUUGUUAUUGUUCCUUUUAAACACUUGGUUCUUAAUAGGUUCGCUGAUUGCACAGUAGAGGCACUUCCUGUUGACCCAGUUCCCAGGUAGCUUUAAUAAUUGGUCCUGUGUCAUAAAAUGCAUGGAUCUUUAAUAACUAAAUGUCCCUGACACCUUUCACUACAGGGCUGGGCUUAGUAACUGACCAUCGAGGUGGGUGGGCUGGGAGGGCUAGAGAACAUGGUCAAAAAAAUGUCUCCGCUCAGGGAUUUAUGGUGGAUUAUUUGCAGACAGUGCUAAAAAUAUAGAGCACAAGACAAGUUUACUAAAUUAAAAUUUUAUUUUUUGAGAUGCUGUUAUUUGUAUAAAUUAUCAAGAUUUGUAGGCUUUCCUUUUGUAGAAAUAAUUGUUUUAUGUGCCAGAGAAUUUCAAUUUUGUUUUCAACAAUAAAGCAUUGAUAACAAA